CCAUCAGACUUUGCUGAUGUGUUUGGGGAUUGUAAUGGUUCUCUUGAGGUAGGGACAUGCUUUAUAUAGUCCGUUCCAGAUCUGUAAAACGUCAAUAUUUCUCACACACACACACACACACACACACACACACACACACACACACACACACACACACACACACACAGGCACACAACCAACUUGUCUCAUUUUGUCCAUAUGAGUCCUCUCAUUUGUCCACUAUUUUCAGCCAGUAGGGUAUUGACUCUCUCGUUUCAUUGUCCCUUUUUGCUGAGCUGUGAUUUACUGUUGCAUUUUUUGGGCAUCUUGACUUCUUUCCCAUAUUCUUUAUAACCCUUUUUGUCUUGGGUUUCAUUUCUUUACAUUUCUAUGAUACAACCCUUUUAAAAACAGUUCCACUUGCUUGAUAGAAAUGCCUCUUAUCUUAUUUCAUUGUCUAGAUUGUUUUUCAUUCUUUUGAGAUCAUACUGUGGGUGACGUUUCAGACAGUCAAAUUUAUUGCAACAUUUUCUAAAGAAAAAAUAAAAAUUAAUUAUUUUACUUCGAAAGCGAACACGAUUUUGUUUCGUUUAAGUGAUUGUGGACCCUUAUAUAAUAAUUUAUUUUUAAUAGAUUCAACAUUUUUGAUUCCCUUUUAAUAAUCAUAAUAAUAGUAAUUAAUUAUUAAUAAUAAAAUAGACACCACCCUCAUUAUCAAGCUGUAAAUCAAGUGCAUUUAUCACAUACUCAUGUCAAAAUCAGAUCAGUGGAACUGUUACCAUUUUAUCCACUUUACAAAGAUAAGACCUGUUGUUUCAAGUGACAUAACAGUUUUCAUUAAUUUAACUUUAAUUUCACAUAUACCAGACUAAUAAUACUGUACAUUUAUCAAUAGCCUCGGUGAUAUUUUAUUCAUCUCGGUAAUUUUAACUGACAUGAAUGUUCAUCUAAAAGCUGUAUAUCCACAGAACUUCACCCUCUUCAUGAUUGCAGUAGCCCAUAGUGCUGAAGGCCUCCAUUACUGCACCUUCACUGUUCCUUACUUUGUAAUUUUUUUGUCACAUGCAACAGUAAUUUUGUUACAAAAUAGUGCACUUAAUAGCGAUCUGUUUCAUAAUUCCAAAUCCUCUAUUGAAUAACUUGAUGCAUUAUGAAGCUCUCAUCAACUAUGUACCUGUCACAAACCGGGGAAAAAACAUCUCAAGAGUUGAGCUGCAGCUGCUUCAGACAUCUGGAGCUUUGCAAUAUAUUCUUUGUCAAACACAUACAGGCAGAGCAACACUCACUGCUCCACAAUGUUGAGCGAAUGAGUCCCUCUUCUUUCCGAUUUUGUCUUUUGUGCAUUCAUUCAUUGAAAAGUAUAUCUACAGUAUAGUCAGAUAAUGAGGUGAUAUAGCACAAUAUCUAUGUAACAAAUGGUACAGUAAGAUGUUUUACUUUACUGUGUUAUUACACAGAAAUAGAAAAUAGAAAUAAACUACUAUUGUGUUGGUUGUUUGGUUGUAGAGUGCCCUUUGGCACCUACCUGAGGGAAGAAGUUGAAUCAAUGCAGAGGAUGUGAGGGGUUUGGUGAUUUUCCUUUCCUCUGUGUCAUCUGGGGAUGUGUAUAAGUUCGGGAUGCUAGGCAUUUGAUGCCAAUUAUAUUUUUACUUAUAAUUUACUUUUUUUACUUUAUACUUUCUGCUGUCUGUUCAUGCCUGCUCCUGUCCUGUUAGGACACAGACUGCAAUUAAUGUGCAGAGAACAAACUCAAGUAUUAGUUGCACUGUAACUGGAUCAGUACUAAAUGUAUCCAGCGACAUAUAUCAUACGAGCCCAGCUAAUCUCCUGCGAGAUUGCAAAUCACAUAAACUUGAAUGUUUCAAUGACCAAAAUAUUACUAUUGACUGUGGUAACCUUUAGGACUGGGUGUGUCUGUUUGUUUGUUUGUGUGUGUGUGUGUGUGGGUGUGUGGGUGGUUUGGGCUGUCAAUUAUCUUGAAUGCAGUCUAUUGUAGAAUCAAAUCAUUGUGUCACAGAGAUACAUUAAUUAACAUAUUGCUGAGAAUAUCACCAAAACAGUAUGCAUUGUAACAUUUGCUGAGCUACUAUUAAUUGCAAAAAGUAUACAUGAUUGCAUUGUUCAGGUGUUGCUUUUCCGCUCCAUCCCGUUGCUUCAAACAUGAAUGUUCAUGUUAUAUGAUAUUAACAUUAAGAUAAGCUACCUGAUCUUAUGUUGGUCACAUUGCAAGGUGAUGCUCAUAGUAUAUUGUCCACUGUUGUAAUAACUCUCUUGGUCUCAUGGUGACGCUCUUUUAUACUGUCUGACUCAUGGUUGCUAUGGCAUGUCUCACAUCAUCUGUGUCAGUGGAACUGGAGUAUUGGGUUAGAGCCGAGGGCUGUGUAUGCAUGCUGUUUGUGGAUGUGUGGGUGUGGAUGAGGGAGAGAAGGAGAGAGAGACUGGGUAUGAGAGAGAGCGAGAGAGCGAGCGCAGCAGUGAAAUGGGGACAGAGAGAGAGGAAUCCGAGCAGACAGCCUCCCUAAUAGAGCAUGAUUAACUCAGCCAGAGAAGCAGGCAACCGUUGGAUUACAGCAGCAUUUUCAGUUCGAUAUUUGGAUGUAUAUGUUUAGGAUUUAGCUAUGAUGUCGACUGUACAUCUGUUUCUGAAAGCAUGUUUAAUAAUGGAUCAGCCAUUAAACUUUAAACGGUGGCUGUAUUUUUUAUGGUUUUGCCUCUUUUUUGGUGUUUCGUUUGGAGAAGUCCGUUAUAUCCUUCCAGAGGAGAUGCUGCGGGGGUCGGUUAUCGGGAAUGUUGUGCGGGAUCUGGGGCUGGAAGUGACGGAGCUUGAAGCUCGUCGAGCCCGCGUUGUUGCAGAAGGAACUAGCCAGCUGUGUGAACUGGACACUGCGUCAGGCAAUCUUUUGAUCAGCCAACGGAUAGACCGAGAGGAGCUGUGCGUGCAAGCCAGUGUCUGCAUCCUGCAGUACCAGCUCUUACUUGAAGAUCCCCUUCAAGCAUACAGCAUAGUGUUGGAUAUUGCAGAUAUAAAUGACAACAGCCCAGUGUUCGCUGCAGGGGAGAUACAACUAGAUCUUGUCGAAUCCACUGUUCUGGGGAGGCGCUUUCCGUUGGAGAGCGCGCAUGACCCCGAUCUGGGAACCAACUCAGUCCGUGAAUAUAAACUGAUCCCGAAUAAUCAUUUUGUACUGGAAAUGAGUACCCAAAUAAACGGAAAUGCUUAUCCGGAACUAGUUCUUAAAAAGGCAUUGGACCGGGAGGCACAAUCUGAACAUGUACUGAAAAUCAAUGGAAUUGACGGGGGAAAUCCAGUCAGAUCAGGAACUGCGUCUAUUCAUAUCCGUGUUUUGGAUGCCAAUGACAAUGUCCCAGUUUUUAGCCAACGAGUUUACAAAACAUCUGUGCCAGAGAACUCUGCCAUAGGGACUGUCAUAGCAACGCUGAAUGCCACGGACUCAGAUGAAGGUGUUUAUGGAGAGAUAACAUACUAUUUCAGUCACCUGUCAGACAAGAUGGGAGGAGCUAUUGAAAUUAACCCUCUGAGCGCAGAAGUUCGCCUGACAGGUGUCAUUGACUAUGAAGAGGCUAGUACGCACGAGCUGGAUGUUCAGGCUAAAGAUGGGGGUGGUCAGGCCUCUCACUGUAAACUUAUAAUUGACGUCAUUGACGUGAAUGACAACAAACCAAUGAUAGAAGUAAAGUCAGCCUCUGCUAACGUGGCGGAAGACUCUAAACCAGGAACUAUGGUUGCUCUGAUUAAUGUGUAUGACCUGGACACUGGAAGCAGUGGGCGCGUCACCUGCACAAUCCCAGACAAUGUCCCAUUUAAAUUAGUAUCGGAGGUCAAAAACUAUUACAUGUUAGUGACUGACGGAAUACUAGACAGAGAACUUCAAUCCGAGUAUAACAUCGCAGUCACUGCCACUGAUGCGGGCUCCCCGUCACUCUCCAGUGUUAAAGUUAUAACAAUCGUGAUCAAUGAUAUAAAUGAUAACCGCCCAACUUUUACGCAGAGCGAGUGCAAUGCCAACAUCUUGGAAAACCAACCCGUUGGCACAUUUGUCAUGCAAGUGAAAGCAGUGGACAUUGACGACAGAUCUAAUGGUAAAAUACUGUACCAAAUAUCAAAGGACACAAAGUCAGAAGUGUCCUCCUUCCUCACCAUCAACGCAGACACUGGUGAGCUCUUCACAUCACGCCUCUUCGAUUACGAACAGUCAGUACACUUUCAGAUUAAGGUGACAGCUCAAGAUGGAGGCGACCCUCCACUGUCCACCACCUGUACUGUUAACGUGUUUAUUAAGGACCAAAAUGACAAUGCGCCUGUUGUCUUGUAUCCUGUGCAAACCAUUGGGUUCAUCGCUGAGGAUAUGGUGCCAAUUGAAGCGCCUAGAGGUUACCUGGUUACCAAGGUGGUUGCUGUGGACGCUGACUCUGGCCAUAAUGCCUGGCUCUCCUACAGAAUAAUCAAAGCAACGCAGCCCAGCUUGUUUGUGGUCGGUCUGCAUACAGGAGAAAUCCGAACUGUGCGAGCAUUCAUGGAGGACGAUGACCCGAAACACACUGUUGUCGUUUCAAUAACGGAUAAUGGGCCUGAAUCUCUCUCCGCCACCGCUACCGUCAAUGUACUGAUUGGCAACGGGCUGCCUGUUUUAAACGAACUUUUUGAAUUUGCAGAUGAGUCACAGGACAGCGAUAACUUAACACUGUAUUUGAUUGUCGCCCUUACAACCGUUUCCUCACUUUUCAUCCUUUUAAUCAGUGGAGUGUUUUAUUGUAAACUCUGCAGACGUAGUUAUGUUUACCGGUCAACCACCGAUAGUCUCCCCGUUUUCCCCACAACCUACCUCCCCCCUAGCUUCACGGAUUUAAGCCGUUGUGGGACCCUGCUAAAAGAUGAGCGGUAUGAUUCCUUCUUGACCACGGGGUCGUGGAGAGGCGAUUUUCGUUUCGGCUCAAGCACAGACACUGACACACUAAAGCAAAGAAGCGCAGCCUAUCAAAAAAACACGCUAAGGCAGGCGAGUGCAGACAGAGCUACUCUGAAGGUGAGGGCAGGUGCACCGCAACCUUGUUACUUGGUCAAAUGAGAGUCGGCAAUAACAAUAGAUGUUGUAAAAAUAAUCCCAGUGCAUUGAAUUAAGUUUCGACCCUUUGUCUGCCAAAUAUGUUCGAGUUGUAUUUGUGCGUGAAUAUGCUGUCGAUGCCUUGUUGGAUAUGUUUUGUAAUGUUCUUGGAGUUUUUCCAAUAGCCUCAACCUCAUCCCCCAUCACCUGACUAUGAAUAUCGAUGGUAACCUUAAAUGAAGUGUAGAUAGUUUAUCUUCUGGAAUAUUUAUACUAGUAGCAUAUUAGAAUAAAUGAAGUAACUAUUCUAUUUACAUCUGUUUUAUUUAGAUUGUUUGUUUUUAUCUCGGAUUGAAAAAAAGUUGUCCGCAGACUGUUUACUUGUUGUUACUUAGUCAGGUCUGUUUUUUUCCCUGCCUUUUUAAUUAUUCUACUCUGAUCUGUUAGUAGUCUCUCUCUGUCUUUCUGUUUAAUUAAAUGCAUGGCAUUCCUUUCUGACUACUCUAUUUAUCCAUACAUCUUCUGCUUUUGUGAGAACAAUACAGUUGAUGAACUGUAGUUAUAGCUAUUAAUAGUAUUACUUUGUUCCUGCUAUAUUUAUCUUUGCUUCUGUUAAUGUUUUUGUGUAAAACAGCCUUCACAGUUUUAUUCAUUGUCCAUUUUGUGACUUGGAAUACACUGCAGCCAAGUUGAUAAUGCCAUGUUAUGUUUUCACAAUUACAUGAUGUAUCAUGUGACAGAGACAUAAUAAAACCUUUGCACUAUGCUAUGAAUUGAACAAUAUGUGAACAAACCAUGAGUGUACACUGAUGAAAAAUAAACUUGAAGAGAAGAUUGUGUCUUACUUCUCCAUUUGCCCAUGAACUUUUGUAAAGGACAUGUAAAGGACAUAAAUGUAGAACAUUUAUAUCAGAAACCAAAACUGAUGGCCACCAUAACAAAAAUCAAAGGCAACUCUAAUCAACAAGAAAAUGAAAACUUUAACAUUAAACAAAUACUCAAAUGCAUGUAUUUGUAGUACAACAUGCUCUUAGAUCUCGAACACAUUGCUGCCACUACUGCUAAUAAUUAAACAUAAUAAAAACGGUAAUAGUGGCACUUUUGUUUCUUUCAUUCUUUCAUUCCAUAUGUUUUUAGAUAAACUGUCAAUUCAACUUUUCCAAGGCCUCUUUAGCAUAAAGACACAUAAAGGUUUCAGACAUCAAACAGUAAGAAACUAAAGAUAACAUGUGAUGCUAAAACAAAGCAUUUAAAGUCGAAAGAAGCAUAAAACAAAAUGUUUUUAUAUGUAUGAAUCUUGAAAAGUAUUGUAGUGUGGAGCUGCACUCAGAUCAGUGGUUUUAGUCUUACACAACAGUUAAAUGGUGAUUUUUGUUUUUGUGUCACAUUGUGUGUGUGUGUGCGUCCCUGCAUGUUGCUGCCUGUGUCAUGGUUAUGAAGCAGAGAGGUUUUGUCAUCAAAAUAAUCCCCAUGUGAAUUUGUGUGUGUUGCUGAGUCGUGUUACAGCUGCAGGCUCAUUUGUGCUCCUAAUUUCAGCCAUGGAAGGAGGUGGAAAAACAAGCAAUGCUUCAUUUGUGUGUGCGUUACCGGCUCACUGUUUUAAGCAGUGUGGUUGACAAUAUUGGAGAAAGACAGAAAAGUAUGUCAGUUUCACAGCAUGGCUCAUUUUAAUUAACACAAGCUUCACAGAGUUUUCAGUAAUUUCUUUUUAAUACAGACAGUAAAUUAGUUUUGUUUUAUAGAAACGUUGUGCAGAUUAAGGGAUGACAUGUUGGAAAACUGCUGAAACAUUUUAUAUGUAAUUGCAGGAGUGGGAAUUUUCGAGAAAAUCAUGAAAGCUGCACUUAUCUGUAUUUCUGUAUAAUUAAAUAUCUCUCUAGGUAAUCCUUUUGGUGUCACUUUGUCACUUGAUUCUUGCAUUCUACUUUCUAAUAUGAUAUACUGUCAUUGAAUUUUAAAAUGUGAUUUCCACGGACUUCAUUCAUGAAGCUGCUCUAAAUAAUAACAUCAUAGCAUGGACUGGUAGCUUAGGCUGGCUAAUAAUAAAGUAAGCAUAGUGUAAUGUAUUUGAAAUGCUCCAAAAUAGACAGAAAGUUAUUUACAACAACUCCAGGUUGAAUAAGAGGUGAGAGCUCUCUUUCCAUGGCAGCAUGUCAACACAUCUAAGGUCUGCUGCCAAUUGACAGCCUUCUGAAGACUCAAUUUAAUCAGGAAAAACAGGGCUCUAUUUUUGGUUUGCUGACAAUAGUCGGGAAUAGAACAGAAUAGAACUGAGCAGGAUAAAGCGCUUACCUUUGUUGACAAUAGCUUAUUAUUAUUUACCAAAAACAAAUAGUUCAAGGAAGUCAAGAAUGAGACAACUUUGUGAAAUCGAUGAACUUUGAGAUCAAUCUGGAGUCAGACUAUUUGUUUGAUCUGAUAUGUCACAAGAUCAAACCAUUAUUUAAGUCAUUGUUUCACUGUUGAUAUGCAUAAAAUGCCUAAUAACAUAAAAGGAUGUGACAUGGUCAGAUUUUGUUUUAGGACUCAUACUAACUGUUUUCUUCUUUCUCUUUUCUUUUUUGGUGCACUCCUUGAAUAAAACAUCAAAAUCCAUCCAGCAGGUAAG